CGCGAUUAAGACACGAACGCGGGCGGCGGUGACACGCGUCCGAGAAUCCUGUGCGAAUUCGCGAGCGAACUCGUAAAAAAUAAUAAACUAUUGAUAAAAAAGUGCAAAAAAAUAAUAAUAAAAUCAAUUAAAUAAUACACAUUAUUAACAAUAUUAAUAAUAGUACUGUGACUAAAUAAAAAAGGAUAUUCAAAAUUUGGUGACAUUAAAAAAGAGUUUUCGGUGUAAUUUGUGAUAAUAUUAUUUAUCUAAGUUAGUUUAUGUGAGGAUGUAAUACAAGUAUAUCUACAAUAUAAAGACAGAUUCAAGACAUAAAACUAUGCGGUUGAGGACAACAUAUAAUGACACUCAUAUUAUGAUCAGUGGCGACGAAGCGAGCGUCUUACACAAAUCAAUUUUCCGGUAGUUUACAAAGUUGACCCACUACAAUGGCCGACACCAGGUUCACGGUCUCAACCGUGGAGUCAGAAGCGAAGAAGAAUGGCAUACACAAGGGAGCCAGCAUCAUCACCAGACCCCUACGCUCCUCGGUGGAGACGGUGGAAAGAGGAGACCCCAACCCACAACCCGACACAUGGCUCCACGACGCCGGCUGGAGGAGGAAGAGGUCCCUGGCCCAGCUCACAAGAGAAGCUUUGCCUAGAAUGGAAAAUUAUAGGAAUUCUCGGAGAGCCCUCAAAAGACCGAGCUUGGGAGAGAUACAUGGAGAUCAUUUGAUUACUGAAGAGGACGAAAAACAAAACGAAAGAGAUACAAAAUCGCCAACGCCAGCCGUAGGCAUCAAAUUAGGAUGGAUUCAAGGUGUGCUGAUACCAUGCCUGCUGAACAUAUGGGGGGUGAUGCUGUUCCUGCGCAUCUCGUGGGUGGUGGGGCAGGCGGGCAUCGGCCUCACGCUCUUCAUCAUUGGCAUCUCGGCCGUCGUGUGCGUCAUCACCACGCUCUCCAUGAGCGCUAUUUGUACCAAUGGAGAAGUUAAGGGAGGUGGUAUCUACUACAUAAUAUCAAGAUCCCUCGGCCCAGAGUUCGGCGCGUCUGUAGGUAUCAUAUUCGCGUUCGCAAACGCCGUCGCAGCGAGUAUGAACACCAUCGGCUUCUGUGACUCCCUGAACGACCUGCUGAAGUCUCAGGGCACGUAUAUCAUCGACAACAGCGUCAAUGACGUCAGGAUAGUGGGCUCGGUGGCGCUGCUCGUCAUGUGUAUUAUUUGUGCUGUCGGAAUGGACUGGGAGAGUAAAGCACAGAAUUUCCUGAUCGCCAUCAUCGUCGGUGCAAUGGUGGACUUCAUAGUCGGCACGUUGAUGGGACCAAAAGAUUUAGACGAAGUGGCGCAUGGCUUUGUUGGCUUAUCAGCGGAGACGUAUGCCGCUAACUUCAGGUCCGACUUCCGGUUCAGCGAGGGUAUCAAUCAGAACUUCUUCAGCGUUUUUGCGAUAUACUUCCCCUCGGUGACCGGGAUACAAGCCGGUGCCAACAUUUCUGGAGAUCUUAAGGACCCAGCAUCUGCAAUUCCCAAAGGCACUCUACUGGCCUUGCUGAUAUCAGUGAUCAGCUACGCUCUCAUGGUGCUGUUCUCUGGCGGUGGAGCGCUGAGACAAGCCAGUGGUAACCUCACCGAUCUGGUGCUGACCAACGGGACCCUGACGGAUUACAGUGGCGUUUCUAAUUGCAUCAACACUAGCAGCUGUGAAUAUGGUCUUCAUAAUAGCUACUCUGUAAUGCAGCUGAUGUCCGCAUGGGGUCCCUUUAUCUACGCGGGAUGUUGGGCCGCGACUCUAUCGACGGCUCUGACCAACCUACUGUCAGUGCCGCGUCUGAUCCAGGCGCUGGGCCGGGACCGCAUAUAUCCUGGACUCAUCUUCUUCUCCAAGCCCUACGGCCGUCACGGCGAGCCGUAUCGUGGAUACGUGCUCACAUUCUUCGUCUCACUCAUCUUUUUGCUUAUUGCGGAGUUAAACACGAUCGCGCCUCUGAUCUCCAACUUCUAUCUGGCAUCGUACGCGCUGAUCAACUACUGCACGUUCCACGCCGCGCUUGUCCGUCCUCUCGGCUGGCGGCCUACCUUCAGAUAUUACAACGUCUGGCUCUCGCUGGCUGGGUUCCUGCUCUGUGUCGCGAUCAUGUUGCUCAUCAGCUGGCAGACGUCGCUGGUCACCUACGCCAUCUUCUUCACGCUCUACCUUAUAGUCCACUACCGGAAGCCUGAUGUUAACUGGGGCAGCAGUACGCAAGCUCAAAUAUACAAGACGGCACUUUCCAGCGCUCACAACUUGGCGCGGACUGGGGAACACGUGAAGAAUUACUGGCCUCAACUGCUGGUGCUGACGGGGAAGCCUCAAGACAGGCCGGCGCUUGUUGACCUUGGCAGCCUCAUCACGAAGUCAGGGUCGCUAAUGGUCGUGGGAGAUAUAUCACAACAGAAACUAACAUACAAGGAGCGUGCGCACAGAAGACGGAUAAGUGACGAAUGGUUGCGCGGGCGUAAAGUGCGCGCUUUCUGUGCCGGUGUCAACGGGUUCAGCUUCGAAAACGGCGCCCGAGCUCUGAUGCAGGCCGCGGGUGUGGGGAGACUGGCGCCCAAUGUGCUGCUCAUGGGAUACAAAGCCGACUGGACCACUUGCCCAUCCGCUGAUCUGGAGUCCUAUUUCAAUGUUUUGCACACGGCAUUCGAAACACGACUAGCAGUGGCUAUAGUGCGCGUCGCAGGAGGCCUCGACUUCGGGGUGAUGAGUGAAGAGAUCGGUACCAGCGGACUCACUGCUAACUCCAGUAGUGGCGACCUUAGAGUACGUGCGCCCAUCAUGCAUGCUGACUCAGACCUGGACAUCCGUGCGCCGGCAGACACGCACGGCACUGGUGGAAAUAACCUUAAUUUAUUGAGUUUAACAACGUCCAGAUCGUUUACAUUAUCAGAGAAGAGUGACGCGAAAGACAAGAAAAGGAACAAGAAAGGAAUGGACAUGCACCGACAAGUGGUGUACAAAUCCGCAUCAGGAAUGGAAGUCUCAAUGGAACAACUAUCUAAUAUGACGAUAUUUAAGAGGAAACAGGAAGCCGGCACUAUAGAUGUAUGGUGGUUGUACGACGACGGUGGACUGACGAUCCUGCUCCCCUACAUCAUCUCCCUCCGAUCCUCGUGGUCACGCUGCAAGCUGCGCAUCUUUGCCCUCGCUAACCGACACCAUGAGCUGGAACUGGAGGAAAGAAAUAUGGCCAACUUAUUGGGAAAAUUCCGAAUAGACUACUCGUCUUUGACGAUGGUCCAGGAUAUAACGGAACCACCUAAGCCUGAGACUAAGACUAUGUUUGACGAUCUAAUCAAGAAGUUCACUGAUCACACGGGAGAAUCCACAAUAAGCCAGACGGAGCUGACUACCCUCGCGGAGAAGACAAACAGACAACUGCGUCUGCGCGAGCUGCUUUUAGCCAAUUCCUCGCAAGCGCGUCUUGUGGUCAUGUCACUGCCUAUGCCGAGAAAGGGAUCAGUGUCAGCUCCGCUAUACAUGUCGUGGCUCGAGAUAAUGAGCCGAGACCUUCCUCCCAUGCUCUUCGUUCGCGGCAACCACACCUCCGUACUUACGUUCUAUUCCUAGACCAAAAACUAGUACAUCAUACAGUAACAGUAGAUGAUCAUAUAAAUGAACCUCGUGUAGGUAAAUUUACAACCGACCUUUGAAUAAGUAUUAAGAACAAAUUAGUUUUUAGACGAAUAAUAACAAUUAGGUAUCUAUUUACAAAUAAAUUUAAGUUGAAGUACAAUUGAUAAAUUAUUCCAAUAAUAAGAUAUUAACUACAAUCGUUGAAAUGAAAUCUCUAGGUAUAGUAUUUUUAUUUUUUAUUUUUAUUUAAUUUUCACAGAAUGCCAAACUCGGUAAACUUAGUUGGUACUUACAAAUGCAGCAUUUCGUACAAUAAUGUUAUAUAUUUUAAGCUAGUUAUAAGUUAUUUUACCUGUGACUACCAAAGCAUAAUAUAGUACUUAUUACAAAUAAGUAGUGAAAUAGUUUUAUUAAGUGAUGUGCCUUAUUUAUUAUUAUCUAUAGUGACAACAUAAUAAAAAUAGCAAAUGAGUAUAAACUUUUAAAACAAUAGAAUCUUUAAAUAAUUUAAAAAAACAGCUAUAAAUUAAACUAUGUUAGAAAAACCAGUAUUAUGUCGUUAUUUUGAAAACUAUCGUCAUUAUAUCUAGAUUUUCAUUUAUUUUUUUUUUAUUAUUUUAUGAAUCAAAAGGAUUGUUACUACUAUAAUUUUAAUCUUUAUUUAAAUUAUCUGUUUGAAUGUUUAUUUAAUUUUAUUUUAAAAUAACUGGCAUUUCCUUGUAUGGUAAAGUUUCUACGAUAUUUGCGGUAGGUAUCUAUUAUACAUUUAUUUUUAAUAAGCAUAAUUGAGUUUUAAAUUAUAUCUUUUAUGACGAAUGAUUUUACUUAGUGUACUAUUAUUUUUACAAUUUUUUUAUUUAUUAUUUAUUUAUUUAUCAAUUUCUAUACAAAUCUUUUUGUCUUUACUAUUGUUACUACAUAUUAUAAUUACUAAUAUUUUCUACUUAAUACUACGUGUGACGUCUAGAAUAUUUCGAAAUAGAAAGACAAACUUGAAUAUAUUUUAUAAAUUAUU